AUGAAGAUCAUGCCCGUGCAGAAGCAGACGCGCGCCGGGCAGCGUACUCGUUUUAAGGCGUUCGUCGUCGUCGGCGACUGCAACGGUCACAUCGGGCUCGGCGUGAAGUGCGCUAAGGAGGUCGCGACCGCCAUUCGCGGCGCGCUCAUCCUUGCGAAGCUCUCCGUGAUCCCCGUGCGACGCGGGUACUGGGGUAACAAGAUCGGCAAGCCCCACACGGUGCCUACUAAGGUCACUGGCAAGUGCGGCUCGGUCACUGUGCGCCUCGUCCCCGCGCCUCGCGGUUCCGGGAUUGUGGCGGCUCGCGUGCCGAAGAAGGUGCUGCAGUUCGCGGGUAUCGAGGACGUCUUUACCUCGUCCCGCGGCUCCACGAAGACGCUUGGAAACUUCGUGAAGGCCACAUUCGCCUGUCUGCUCAACACAUACGCCUUCCUCACGCCCGACCUCUGGCACGCCACCAAGUUCACCAAGACGCCCUUCCAGGAGUUCACUGACUUCCUCGCCAAGCCGCACAAGCUCGCCCUCCCAGUCGCUGUGCCUGAUGCCUUUGCUGCCCCCCCUCCUGCCGCUGCCGCUCCGGUCCCCGCGUUUUAA